CAGCUGAAAUUGACACAUUUGUUGCCAGCGCCGCUGUUGCCAUUUGGAAGGGAAGGAGAGGAGGGGAGGUGGAGGGGGGGAAUCCCCCGGCUCCCUCGCCUCAUGUCUCCCCAGCUCAGGCUCACUGCUCAAGGACAAUUUGCCCAGAAAGAGAGGCAGCAGCAACAUCUGUGGCUCCAAUGUCUUCAACAAUAAGCAUCGUUUUCCCCCAGGCAACGAGGACAGGGUUUAUUUACUCUUUUUUGUUGUUGUUUCAGAUUUCCGAGGAUUAACUGGAGGUGACUUUUCUGGCCGCCCACCUCCCAGUAUUACUUUAGCUCUCUCUCUCUCUCUCUCUGUGUGUGUGAAGGGAACAAAAGGGACACAAGUGAUCGCUGUCGACAGCCACAACAAAAAGGAGAAUCCCACUUUCCGCCUCCUGGAGGAAUUUUUGGAGGUUUGGUUUAUUCCGAUGGAAAAUUGGGAAUGCAGCGUUUGAUCGACCCAUUUACUGAGGGGAUUGAAGACCUGAAUGAAUGACAAAGGAGAGCGGGGGGGGGGGGGGCCGCAGUUUCCACUUAAAACGACUCUAAGCUGUUUGUAAAAUCGACUUAAAUGUGAAGAGCUCGUGAGUCAACAGAGGCCCCUUAACCCCAGGAGCUGUGUCCAGAUCUAUUGUUCCAAAGUGCCUGCUAGAGCUUGGAUUCCUCCACACACCUUGACUGCUUUCUUUGUCUGGUUCAUCCCUGCCGAUGUAAAUGUGAUGGAACUGAUGUUCGCCGAGUGGGAGGAUGGUGAAAGGUUUUCCUUUGAAGAUAGUGACCGGUUUGAGGAAGAUUCCCUCUGUUCUUUCAUCUCUGAGGCAGAGAGCUUGUGUCAGAACUGGCGAGGAUGGCGGAAGCAGUCUGCUGGUCCCAAUUCACCCACUGUUAAGAUCAAAGAUGGCCAAGUUACCCCUUUGGUAGAACUGUCAGCCAAGCAAGUAGCCCUUCACAUUCCCUUUGAAGUAGUUGAAAAGGUUUAUCCACCAGUACCUGAACAACUGCAGCUUCGCAUCGCCUUCUGGAGUUUCCCAGAAAACGAGGAAGACAUCAGAUUAUACUCAUGUCUGGCUAAUGGCAGUGCUGAUGAAUUCCAAAGAGGGGAGCAACUGUUCAGAGUACGGGCAGUCAAGGAUCCACUGCAGAUAGGAUUUCAUUUGAGUGCCACAGUGGUCCCUCCGCAGACUGCUCAAGCUAAAGGAGCAUUCAAUGUAGCUGUUAUGUUUGACCGCUGCAGGAUAACCUCGUGUAGCUGUACCUGUGGAGCAGGAGCUAAAUGGUGUGCCCACGUGGUAGCACUUUGUCUCUUCAGAAUACACAAUGCCUCGGCGGUGUGUUUGCGAGCACCAGUGUCUGAAUCGCUGUCCCGAUUACAGAGAGAUCAGCUGCAAAAGUUUGCUCAGUAUUUGAUCAGUGAAUUACCUCAGCAGAUUCUUCCCACUGCACAAAGGCUCCUUGAUGAGUUGCUUUCAUCCCAGUCAACAGCAAUUAACACAGUCUGUGGGGCUCCAGAUCCCACUGCUGGACCAUCUGCUUCAGACCAGAGCACCUGGUACCUUGAUGAAUCUACACUUAGUGACAACAUCAAGAAAACGCUCCACAAGUUCUGUGGCCCCUCUCCUGUUGUGUUCAGUGAUGUCAACUCUUUGUAUUUAUCGUCAACGGAGCCACCAGCUGCUGCGGAGUGGGCUUGUCUCCUACGCCCCCUUCGUGGGCGAGAGCCAGAGGGCAUCUGGAACCUUUUAUCUAUUGUCCGCGAGAUGUUCAAACGCCGCGAUAGUAAUGCAGCUCCCCUCCUUGAAAUUCUCACCGAUCAGUGUCUGACGUAUGAGCAGAUAAUUGGGUGGUGGUACAGUGUCCGAACCUCCGCAUCUCACAGCAGCGCCAGUGGUCACACAGGCCGUAGUAAUGGCCAGUCGGAAGUGGCAGCUCACGCGUGUGCCAGCAUGUGUGACGAGAUGGUGGUCUUAUGGCGGCUGGCUGUCCUGGAUCCCACCAUGAGCCCUCAGAGGAGGAAAGAGCUUUGCUCACAGCUCAGGCAGUGGCACCUGAAGGUGAUUGAAAUUGUGAAGAGAGGGCAGCACCGUAAGUUGCUGGACAAACUCUUCCAAGGCUUUAAGCCUGCGGUGGAGGCGUGCUACUUCAGCUGGGAGGAGGCUUUCCCCAUUCCGGGCAUCACCUAUAACAGCGCCGAGAAGAAGAGCAGCUUCUGCUGGGCCAAAGCGAUGCAACACAAGAGCAGCAAGGCCUGCGGGGAAGCGCCGAGCGCCGAUCCGACCUGCGAGGCUGGCGGCGCGGCCCCGCCAAAAACUCAAGGGCCCGAGGCUGCCGGGGCGAAGCUGGCGCCGGUCAGCAAAGGCAGGACCCCGCCAGAAACGGCCGUCCGGCCGAAAGACAGCGCGGCCAAAAGGAAAGCUACCUCCGACGUCUCCCGGACCAACCUGAGCCGGGCGUCAACCGAGGCCGACAAGCCCGUUUAUAAGCCGAGCACAACCAAAUGUAAACUACCUCAGGGGAAAUGCUCUGCCAGCAAACAUUCAGGGAAAAGGCGGACGAGCAGCGAGGACAGCUCAUUGGAACCCGACCUGGCAGAACUCGGCCUGGACGACGGGAACCUUGCACUCGGGGCUGAAGCCUGCAAUACCUUUGACUUUGACGAUGGUCCCACCAACAGCUACAAGGGCUUGUAUCCAGAUGAAAAUGAAGGUUUCUUUGCUGAAAAUUUUGACCCCGAAGCAAACGGCACUGCGGCGAAGGGGCAGGCUGGAGAACAGGUUGAAGAAAUGAGCAAUGGCGAACAAGAAGCUCUUGCAGAGACUGGCUCCUUAUCGAAAACACAUGGGUCGGAAAUUGCCGAUGUCACGGGAGAGGAUGACUAUCAAGUUUAUUACCUUAAUCCACAGGAAGUGGCUAAAGAAGAGGAAAAACAAGAUGGAAGCAAUGAAGAGGAACAGGACAUCUUUGCUGGGUUAAAACCACUUGAACAAGAGAGUAGGAUGGAGGUGUUGUUUGCCUGUGUGGAGGCACUAUAUGCCCACGGCUACAAUAACGAAGCUUGUCGACUGGCGAUUGACCUCGCCAGAGACCUCUUGGCCAAUCCUCCGGAUUUGAAGGUGGAACAGCCUCAGACGAAGGGCAAAAAGAACAAAGUUUCGACUCACAAGCAAACACUAAUUGCUACCAAUACCCUGGCUAAAGCUGCCUUCUUGCUAAUAGUCCUCAGUGAAAGGCAGGAACUCCACAAUCUGGCCUAUAGCAUUGGAAUGUUUUCCUUGGAGCUGCAGAGACCACCAGCAUCAACGAAAGCCCUGGAGGUAAAGCUCGCCUACCAGGAGUCCGAAAUUGUGGCAUUGUUGAAGAAGAUCCCAUUGGGUGUCAGUGAGAUGAACACAAUCCGAGAAAGGGCAGAACAGCUGAGGGAAGGAAACUUCUGUGAUUACAGGCCUGUCCUGCCACUUAUGUUGGCCAGUUUCAUCUUUGAUGUUUUGUGCACUCCAGUUGUUUCACCAACUGGCUCGAGGCCCCCAAGUCGUAAUCGCAACAACGAGAUGCCUGGAGACGAGGAGCUCGGCUUUGAGGCAGCUGUUGCUGCAUUGGGUAUGAAAACCACUGUAAGUGAAGCGGAACACCCCCUGUUAUGUGAAGGCACCAGGAGAGAGAAAGGAGACCUUGCACUUGCCCUCAUGAUCACGUACAAAGACGAUCAAGCUAAGCUUAAAAAAAUCCUGGACAAGUUGUUGGACAGAGAGAGCCAAACGCAUAAGCCUCAAACGUUGAGUUCGUUCUACUCGUCAAGCAAGCCACUGGCCACCAGUCAGAAAUCUCCAUCAAAGCACGUGUCGCAGGCAGCUUCGACUGUCCAUCAGAUGGCAAGCACAUCCUCAUCACCUCAGCAAACCAGUGUGGCGGCCCCCGUGCAGAACACUCCAGCAGAGAACUUUCCGGAAGGAUCCACACAAGAGAAUGUUCAGCGCACCCCCAGCGAACCACCAAGCGAGUCUGGCACUUUCAAACAGGAGGGGAAGAUCCCAAGUCGAUUGACACUCGGCAGCAGAGGUGGAUACAACGGGCGAUGCUGGGGAUCGCCAGUCAGGCAGAAGAAAAAGCACACAGGCAUGGCCAGCAUUGACAGCAGUGCUCCCGAGACCACCUCGGACAGUUCCCCCACGCUGAGUCGCCGGCCCAUCCGUGGAGGGUGGGCAGCCACAUCCUGGGGAAGAGGACAGGACAGUGACAGUAUCAGCAGCUCAUCCAGCGACUCCCUAGGAUCAUCCUCCUCCAGCGGCAGUCGAAGGGCCAGUGGAGGCGCUCGUACAAAAAGCACUGACGUUGGGAGAUACAAAGGCAGACGUCCGGAAUGCCAUGCUCCCCAUGUACCCAACCAGCCAUCUGAAGCAGCUGCCCAUUUUUACUUUGAGCUUGCAAAGACUGUCCUUAUUAAAGCAGGAGGCAACAGCAGCACAUCCAUUUUUACCCACCCUUCAGCCAGUGGAGGACACCAGGGUCCCCAUCGCAACCUCCAUCUCUGUGCAUUUGAAAUUGGGCUGUACGCACUGGGAUUGCACAAUUUUGUGUCGCCAAACUGGCUCUCGAGAACCUACUCUUCCCAUGUCUCCUGGAUUACAGGCCAGGCGAUGGAAAUUGGUAGUGCAGCACUGAACAUUUUGGUGGAAUGUUGGGAUGGUCACCUCACCCCCCCGGAAGUGGCAUCUUUAGCAGAUCGUGCAUCACGUGCAAGGGAUCCCAACAUGGUGCGAGCUGCAGCGGAGUUGGCUUUGAGCUGUCUACCCCACGCCCACGCUCUGAACCCUAACGAGAUCCAGAGAGCAUUGGUUCAAUGCAAGGAACAAGAUAACACCAUGUUGGAGAAGGCUUGCAUGGCAGUGGAGGAAGCUGCCAAAGGCGGUGGUGUUUACCCCGAGGUGCUCUUCGAGGUCGCCCAUCAGUGGUACUGGCUUUAUGAGCAAACAGCUGGCGGCUUGCAGCAACAACGGGAGAUGUUGGCAAUCGGCGGCCGUGGAUCCCACGAGGCAGGCCGGGCAGCCACGGAACACUCGCCAUUAACCGACGGCUCAGCCACAGUGACGGUGGCGGCCACGGUGACGGCAACUGCCGUGGUGCCGGUCAUCACUGUCGGAUCCACCAUGUACCAACAGCACACCAUAGCCGGGACAGCAAUCGCACAUCCCCACGGACAGGUCUUCCCAACCAGCCCGGCCAUGACACAUCCCUACACUACAAUCCAAACUCAUAUACCAUCUGUCUGUAACGCUGCCUAUCUUGGACAUCCGAUACAACAUGUCCCUCGGCCUGCAAUUUUUCCUGUUGCUGGAGCUGCCUAUCCUCAGGGUAUGCACCCGGCAUUCAUUGGAGCUCAGUACCCUUAUACAGUUGCAACCACCACCCAUCCAGCCAUGGCUGCUCCACCAGUGACCUUCGCAGGGGUUCCUGUGCCCCCUAUGACACCAAUGGCAGUGCAUCCCUACCAAUCCGAUCCGAGCCUGCCCCUGGCAUCGACUGUAGCAGUUGCCAGUGUGCAGACUGGAACCACUUUCCAGGCUGUUCAAGGAGCAUCAAUGCCAACCUUAACAACACAAGGCCCCUCGAUAGUAGCCCCAACCUUCCCUACAGAAGAUGAACAGCACUCUCAACCUGUCAGUCCUCAGGGACUGCACUACCUGCAUUCAGCUUACAGAGUUGGAAUGCUGGCUUUGGAAAUGCUUGGUAGACGAGCUCACAAUGAUCACCCAAACAAUUACUUCUCGAGGAGUCCACCUUACACAGAGGAUGUGAAAUGGUUGUUAGGUUUAGCAACACGGUUGGGUGUGAACUAUGUCUAUCAGUUCUGCAUGGGUGCAGCCAAAGGAGUACUGAGUCCGUUUGUACUACAGGAGAUAAUCAUGGAGGCCCUACAACGCCUUAAUCCUGCUCAUGUACAUGCCCACCUUCGAACCCCUGCGUUCCACCAGCUUGUUCAGAGAUGCCAGCAAGCAUAUAUGCAGUGCAUCCAGUACAGAUUGUACCACAUCGCGCCAGCAGAUUACGAUGAUUUUGUAAACAUCAUCCGUAGUGCACGCAGUGCCUUCUGCUUAACACCUGUCGGAAUGAUGCAGUUCAACGAAAUACUUCAGAAUUUAAAACGUGCAAAGGGUCAAACUAAGGACUUGUGGCAAAGAAUCUCAUUGGAAAUGGCAACCUUUUCUCCUUGAUGUCCGUUGGUUUGUGCAGAUUUAGGUUUAAUAUUACCCACCCUCCCCUUUCCCCUUUUUAAACCACUCUUCCUGUACUCUUUACUGCUACAUUCCUCCUUUAAACUAAGGUUUUAAAUGUCAGAAAGCCACAAUAGUUUUUUUUUAGUUGUUGGUCUUGUGAAUUACUGCCAGAUUUCAAGAGCAACCCCUUUCUUCCAUCAAUCCACAACCCUUCCUCCCCACACACAAAAAAAACUUUUCUAUGAGGUAGUUAUUAUUCAUGUACAUGUCUUUAACUGUGUGUUUAUAAAGAAAUGUGUGCUGCAAGUGUGACUGGGUAAAUGGACUGCUCGAGCAGGAGAGGCCCAUCUACAGCAGCCACCCUCAAUAGACUGUGGUUUUUAUUUAUCUGAAUUUCUCUUUUUUUUUGCCUUUGUUUCUUCAAUAUUAAUGUUUUUUCAUACUUAAAAAAGUUUUCAAUUGUUUAAAAGAAUUAUAUAUUCAGAUUCCAGUGCCACUGGGAUAGUUAAAGCUUUGACACAUUUUUCAGUGUUACAAAUCAGCUUAUGUAGAUUUCUGCACUGACCCACCCUGUGUGUCUUCUUCCUGUAAUGUUAAUAUUUUACAAAUCUGUUCUUAAGUUUUGGUCCACAUCCUUUUUUUCUCCCUGUAAAGGCCACACAGGUAGUCCUGAUGCUGUCUGUGCUAGGAAACUUGCAUGAAUGUUUUGUGUGGGUAGUUUUGUUGACAACAAAAAAAAACUUUAUUAUCCAACCAUUCUGUGCUGUGUUGAAUACAUACACAAUUAUUUUUGAUUAAAGUACACAAAAAAAAUGCAGUACUCUGCUUGUAAAGGCCCUAUAUUAAAUGCUUGGUUUUGGAA